AUGCCUUCGGUUGUAAUUAUUGGUGCUGGAGCUGCAGGAUUAGUAGCUGCUAAAGUAUUAUUAGAUGAUAAUUUUAUUGUGACUUUGUUUGACAGGCAAAAUGAUAUUGGUGGAAUCUGGUCUAAACAAUAUGCAUAUUAUGAUUUGCAUGACCAAUCGUCGGGUGGUACAUUAGAAUUUUCUGAUUUACAUGAUGGACAAGAAUAUUGUCAUUGGCAACGUACACAUGAUUAUUUAAAACAAUAUUGUAAUAAAUUUGAUUUAACAAAACACAUUCAUCUUAAUACUAAUGUAAAAUCGAUAUAUAAAGGAGAUAAUGAUGAACAAUGGACAGUCAUUGUAGAAAAUAUUAACAAUAAUGAAAUCAAGAUAUUUUCAUUUGAUUUUAUCGUUAUCGCCAGCGGUCUAUUAUCACAUCCCUGUAUGCCUUAUUUUGAUGGACAAGAGAAAUUUACUGGUGAAAUACUUCAUGUUUGCGAUGUUAAAUCUAAUGAUCAAUUAGAAAAUAAGACUAUUGUCGUUGUGGGUGGUUCAAAAUCAGCUGCUGAUAUUGCUACAUCAGCAGCCACAUAUGGUAAACAAUGUUAUAUGAUAUUUCGUCGUAUCCAUUGGCUUACGCCAUGUCGUUUGUUUGGAGGAAAAUUACAUGGAAAAAAUAUUUUUCGAAAAAUAACUACCUUCAUUUUUCCACCAUUUCCAUUUGUAUCAAAUCAUUUAAUUUUAUUUAUUCAUAAACAUUUCUCUAAACUAUUUGAGAAAAUUUAUUCGAAUAUGAAGGAUGAUGUAAUUCAAACAAAUGGAUUUAAUUCAGAAAGUGAUAAAAUAUACAUUCCCAAAGGUUCAAUCAUAAAUCAACACACUGGUGGAAUGAUACCGGAUAACUUUUGUAAAUUAAAAAAUCAAGGAAAAAUAAUUGGUAAACUUGGAUGUAUUAAACAAAUAAUUGAUAAUAAAACAAUUUGUCUGGAUACAGGAGAAUAUAUUGAAGCAGAUAUGAUUAUUUGUGCCACUGGUUUUAUUGAAACAUUUUCAUUUUUUACCGAAAAAGAUAAACAACGCAUGGGAUUACCAAAUACCAAAUCAAAACGAAUAAAUCUCUAUCGUAACAUUAUACCAAUUGGUGUAUCAAAUAUUGCAUUUAUUGGUUUUACAAUAACAUAUGCUCCCUGGAUGAUGAUGGAAGUAACAGCUCAUUGGAUAUCUGAUUAUUUUUUAAAUAGACUUAAAUUACCAUCAAAUAAUGAUAUGCAUACAUCC